AAUUAAUAAGACAAUUAUAUGUAUGUGUAAAUGUAAGAUUAGUACCCUAUAACAAUGCAAAAUAAUAAUUAAUAGAAUUACUAAUAAUAACAAUUUCAAUAUUAAUAAUAAUAAUAAUAACAACAAUAGCCAUACUUAUCUUAAGAUGUGACCAAUUAAAUGUAUUUAUAACAAUAAUACCCUGAUGGAGCAGGAAGAUUAAUAGUAAUUGACUAAACAUAAAGUUCUGGAUACAGACCAAGCAAUUUUCUAGUGCUUUUCUUAAUUACUUUAACCACAACUCUUUGCAUAGGUGUAAUAGUUUGGAUGUGUCUGGAUUGAUUUAUAUUCAAUUAUCAAUUAAAAUAACUAAUUAUAUUUAUAGCUAAUUUAUAUUAUGAAUGAUAACAAGGAAAGAUAAAGAAGUAUCAAAAUUAACAAUCAAUAUGAAAACGAUGAAAAUGAGCUUUUAUAAUUUGAAGAUAGUAUAUCAUAAUUGCAUUAAAUUAGACCAAAAAGAAAUUCAAACCGAUAAAAGCACAUUUAUUAUAAGAAUUGUAUCCAUCAUCUUAAUAAUCUUAUAUGUUACUGGGGCCAUAGUUUCAAUUUUUAUAGAGUCAUGA